UACGCGUCUCUACCUCUUUUCCCACACGCACAAACAAGAAACAGGAAUAGCAUGUUUGUUAAAGAAAGCAGCCUCUCUAUUCCUUCCAAGAGUACAAACUGACGAUCUUGCCGGCAGGGGGCGUUCUCCGCACGCCACCAUCCCAUUAGCACUUCCCUUUGGCCGCAGUUCAAUGUUGUACAGUAGAAGCGCAGACGCAUUGCUUUCUCUGCGAGUCACUUGGAGAGGAAAUUCGCUGGCUGGGGUAGUCUCCGUGUCUGCUGCUACUGGAUCCAAAAACACAAUUGCAUUUACAGGCAGCGGGGCAGGAAAAUGGCGACGCUGGGAUCCGAUUCCCAGCCCGCUUCGGGCGGUGGCCAAAGUAACCCCGGCAGUCUUGGUCUGAAUAACGCACCUCUAAACAGAGGUCUGGAAAGGGCUCUGGAAGAAGCGGCGAACUCCGGGCUUCUGAACCUUAGUGCGCGGAAACUAAAGGAAUUUCCUCGCAGCGCAAUGAACCACGACCUGUCGGACACGGUACAGGCAGACCUAUCCAAGAACCGGCUGACUGAGAUUCCAAUUGAAGUGUGUAAUUUUGUCUCUCUGGAAGUAUUAAACUUGUAUCACAACUGUAUUAAAGUCAUUCCAGAUGCCAUUGCCAGUUUGCAAAUGUUAACAUACUUAAACCUGAGCCGAAAUCAACUGUCAGCACUGCCAGUGUGCUUGUGUGGUCUUCCACUGAAAGUUCUAAUAGCAAGUAACAAUAAACUAUGUACCUUGCCAGAAGAACUUGGCCAGUUAAAGGACUUAAUGGAAUUGGAUAUUAGUUGUAAUGAGAUCACUGCACUGCCCCAACAGAUAGGACAGUUAAGAUCACUGCGGGAGCUGAAUAUCCGAAGAAAUUAUAUUAAGGUGUUACCAGAAGAUCUGGCUCAUCUUCCCUUAGUCAAAUUUGAUUUUUCCUGCAAUAAAGUAGAAGUGAUUCCUCUCUGCUUUAGAAAAAUGACAAACUUACAGAUACUGCAGCUGGACAACAACCCUCUUCAGUCCCCACCUGCUCAGAUCUGCAUUAAGGGAAAGGUACACAUAUUCAAGUAUCUUAGCAUAGAAGCUUGUAGGCUUGACAAGACUGCAGAGUCAAGUUAUCUGCCUGUAAUAGAGAGCAUGCCACAGCAUGCAGCUGGAAGCACUGAAGAUAUUGACCAGAAUAAGAAGCAAGAUACAGACUCUGGAGUGGGCAGUGAUAAUGGCGAUAAACGUUUGUCUGCAACUGAGCCAUCAGAUGAAGAUACAAUAAGUCUGAAUGCACCUAUGACAAAUAUUACAGAAGAAGAGGGGGUUAGUAAAGAUGUCCAUCUUCAAGAUUCAGAUCACCUGGGUCUGAGUCUGAAUGAAAACAACAAUUCAGAAGAAAGUAUCCAGAGUAACUACGAAUAUGGCGAAUGUACCCUAAGCACUCCUUUUGUUAACUACAUGAAGGCAAGAUCAUCUGACUUUGAUGAACCUUUAAGAAUAGAUGAAGACCAGUGCUGGAUAACUAAUCAGAUAACACCAAAUUCAGCCAACAGCCAAGAAAUUCCUAUUGAAAUGAUAAACCAGCUUCGAGAGGCAGUGGAGCUCUUACAAGACCCAAACAGAUUAAAUAUGAACAUAAAACUAGGCACAGGGGAUCAGAUAUUCUCUCAGGCUAUGGACCUACCAGAUUCACCUCUAAAUGGGCAAAUGAUACAGGGCCUCCCUAGGUCAUACCAGAAUGAAAGUACAGAUGGAAAGCAUGAAUUCCAGAAGAGGAGGGAAAUGAUUCUAGAAAAAGCCAGGCAUGAGGCCCAACUUGCAUGUCAGCAAUAUGAGAGACAAAUAAUAAUCCAGCAUCAAUGUUUUGGUGGUUCUUCAUUUUUUGUUGUUGAACUUUGUGUUACAGGGUUAUAUAAGAGUAAUUUGAGCUCUGAUGAGCAGAAUGACAUGAGAAGAGAUUCUUUGGAUGGGGGAGAUGAUGAUUCAUCAGCUUCAUCUCCUACAAUGAACUCUCCUCCAUUUGGACUUAGACCACGAUCUGACAUGCCUAUUUCUUCCUCUCCUCCUACCUCUCUCAGCCCUAUUACACAGGCCCUGCCACGUGAUAAAGACAUCCUCAGUACCCCAACAGAAGGAGACAUGAAAAAUGGUGUAUUCACAAGAUCACCAAGAACUUUAGAAUCAAUAGAUCCUCAGUUUACAAUGCGCAGAAAGAUGGAGCAAAUGAGGGAAGAACUGGAGUUAAUGGAGCAACUCCGAGAGAGUAUUGAGAGUAGGCUUAAGGUGACUUUACCAGAUGAUCUGGGAUCUUCAUUAAUGGAUGGAGUUGUUUUGUGUCAUUUAGUUAAUCACAUUCGACCUCGCUCAGUUGCCAGCAUUCAUGUUCCAUCACCUGCUGUGCCUAAAUUAAGUAUGGCCAAAUGCCGGAGAAAUGUGGAAAAUUUUCUGGAAGCCUGCAGAAAGAUGGGAGUCCCAGAGGAGAAAUUAUGUCUACCCCAUCACAUACUUGAAGAAAAAGGCUUGGUUAAAGUGAGCAUUACCGUCCAAGCAUUGAUAGAUGUGACCACAACCAAACAGGCCUUGUUUACAUGAAAAGCAAGUAAGACUGACACUACCUGUCAGAGUACUACGGCCUUACUAGACCACCACAAACGCAGACCCCUUGCUGCAGUGUUUCUAGCCAAAGUGAUUGAAGGGAGUUUGCUGCUGCACCUCCUGAACUUUCUAUUGGAAAAUGAUGUGUGUAAGAAUCUUGAGGGGAUCAGUGUUGUUUGAAGUGUAAAUGGACAUGUCACUGUGUCAAUGCAGGUUCCCCAUGUUGACUGACGCUUAAACUAUUCGAUGAGAUGAGCUACUUUUGAAUUUUGUUUUUCCUUGUUCCGCCUGUCCUCAACAUAAGAGUAAUUUUGGGGAAGUCAGGGACCUGUAUUUUUACCCCGAGAUAUUUAUAUUAUUUAUUUAAAGUGUUUUUUCUUCCAUUAUUACAAAAAUGGAUACUUCACAUCAGCUAUCCAAUAUGCAGAAGCUGAUUCUGUGUACAUUUUAAUCUUGUUAGUAUAUAUAUAUAAGGUGGGCUAUAGCUUGCAUUAGGUUUUGUGACUUGCACAUUUUAUUCUUUUUAAUUCUUUUUUUUUUUUUUUAAUUUAAAGUGAUGUGUCUCAGGGGUUGGUGAAAACAAAUAUACUGUCAGUCUCUUUCAUUCCGUGGCUUUGUAACAUUCCAGGUUUGUUUUAAUUUAUAAUAAUGAACUCUCUUCUUUUAAGAAACAUUUGCCCCAUGUAGGUAAGUAGGCAAUUUAAGAGGCCAUGGGAGGAAAGAAGGCCCAGAUGUUUGUGACACUGUAUUGGCACUCUGGAAACAGAGAGACAGGAGCUCACGAUUUGUGAGACCAUGGUAGGCUUAGUGAGCUCACUCAGGUAAAGGUUGGCUUCUGUCAGAGAAACCCCAGAAAAAUGGCAAGGCUCCUGUCUUUUUUCGUACUUUAAACUCCAGAGUGUAGAAUUUUGAGAAAAAAAGAUAUUCGAGUGCACCCUUCAGAGCCAGUUGAGAAGACUUGUCUGUGGUUAGGCAGAGGGUCAAUUUUUAAACACACCCUAACCCUUAACUCUCACGUGCCUUGUGUCUGUGAGGCUGAAGUCUUAAAGAUGUUACAAAGGUGAGUAGAGGGCAGCAGCACUCCGCUGCACCUUUCAAAAGAGCAGGAAUGUUCAUCUGCAUCCCUUGGCGCUUUAGGCAUGAACCCUUUAAAUCCUAGUUUUCAGUAAGUGCAAAUUUUUUAAGGAAGCAGAACUGCUUGGUAAGCAUUACACACUACAGAUCGUUAUUUAGAGAUGAUUUGUAUCUGAACAGCAGUAUUUUUUAUUAAUGGUUGUAUAUAAGAAAGAUUUUAAACAUUUUAUACACACACAUAUAUGUAUUUAUUUCCAUUCACUUCACCCCGCCCUGUUGUUUGGUUAUCAAACAUUGUUUAUCUUGUGGAAUAUAUAUUUUUUUUUUUUUGGUUUUAAGAUGAUGAAUUCCACUUUGGAAACAUUUUAUUUUAUGAUGUUUGUAAUCGAGAAAGUCUGACCUGUUGUACGUCUGUUUGACUGAAUCCUAAACAGUAAACCUCAGCAAGUUUGAAGCUGAUCACUAGAACAAUUAAUGGUUUUGUUUUAAGCAUUAUCUUGUAUGGUCAUAAGUGCAUUUAUUAGUGAAGUUUGAUAUUUGUUCAUCAAAUAAUUCAAGUGUAGACUCUCUUCCAGGUCUAAAUGACUAGAUCACUUCUUUUUUUGUAGUGUAGUGAAACUGGCUUCACGUUAUUGUAGUUUUAGUUUACAGACUACAGAAUAAUAGAAUAAAUAUCAGAAGAUUAUUACCGGUACAUUUGUUUUAAUGGCUACACUCUGAUUUUCCAGGUAAUAUUACCAUACAGGACC